UGGGUAGCAAUUGCGAUGACCAGCACGACCGUCCAAAAGGCGCUGAGACUCUUCGACGACGACAGCGACGACGAAGAAGUGGAAGCAGCGGUGCCCUCUGCAGAUGUGCACUUGGAAUUCACGACGUCCGUCUCAGUGAGCACUUCGUCCAACGUAGACAUGUCGUCACAGUACCAGCCCGCGCUGUGGACCCACUUGCCACCCGAUUUCUUCGGUCCAAUGGAAUAUCGAGCAAACGCAGACGAGUUUGGGGGCGGACGGGGGUAUUACGCCGCGGAAGACGUCCCGGCGGGAACACUAUUGCUUCGCGAACGCGCGUAUGUGUUGUGGCCGGACGUGGACGACCGAUCAGCCUUGCUCUUAGCAACCGUGGAACAGAUCUUGCAAUCCGAAGAUGCUGAUGAAAUCGCAUCCAACAUGGCGCCGCUCCAUCCCGUGGUUCUGGAAGACUUGCCCAAGACCCUGCUUGACGCCGCACACGAAGAAUAUGACGACUCGUUGACCCAACUCCUCACGCAGUAUGGGCGUAUCAACGGCACCGACGACGACGCAACAUUGCGCCGAUGGCUCCAGGUCGUGUUGGGAAUGCAGUGCAACGCGUUCACGAGCGGCGUCUUUCUUCACACAGCUAUGUUCAACCACGAUUGCAACCCAAACUGCGUCAAGUUUAGUCCAGAAUCGGGGCUGAGCGUGUCCGAAGUGCGUGCAGCGAAGGCAAUCAAGAAGGGCGAGCAGCUCUUCAUCUCGUACAUUUAUCCCCGUGAACAAAGUCGUGAGAGGCGGCAAGCCCAGCUCGUCCGUCAGUUUGGAUUUGUCUGCCACUGUCCAAUGUGCGGUCGCGGCGAUUCGUUCUCGACGCCGCCACAAUCGCCGUCGUCAACGUCAACGCCGCUUCCACAAGGACCCGACAAGACGCUGGAAGAGAUUGAGACGGACUUAGGGGUGCUGGAAGACCUCUUCACGGAACAUGCUGCCAAUAAUGCACCCCAGGUCCUCCACGCAGCACUGGAGGCACUCUCCGAUUUGCUCGAACUCGUAGCCCACGACCACGUCGUCAUGAUGCGCGUGCACAAGCUCGUCGCAGACAGCUGCGACAGUCUGCUCAAGCUUCAGAAGAAUGUGCAGGAGCAUGCGAUCUUGUUCGUGCGCAGUUGCGUUGAGCUCCUCGAACUACAGCGCCUCUUCCUCGACCAUGACCAUAUCGACCUCGCCCGCACGCUCAACGACAUUAGCCAGGGUAUUCGAUUGCUGCUCAGCUACAACCCCCAGGUUCUCCUCGACGAGUUUCCAGAAUGGUCGACGUUCCGGCAAGCGUCGCUGGUCGAAUCCCAGUACACCAAAGAGUACAAGCGUAUCAAGGCUCUGUAUGAAUAACUGUACAAUGCAAUACUUGUUUCGGCGUGGUAAUGUACGGGUCCCUGGAAACUUUCCCAGUCAAGGCGAGUUCCACGGGAGUGCGCCACCUGAACGCGUCAGCAACUCGAUCGACGUAAGCCGGCAGCAAGCCAACAACGACACCGAAAGCAACCCUUUCAAGGGACUUGAACACGGCACGUCGAAUUCAUACG